AACGUCCAGGCUAAUUGCUUUAAACGCGACCGACCGUUCGCCGAAGAUUCUUCGCGAAAUAUCAGAUGUCGGAGGUCGAACGGUGAAAUUAAGAACGUCUCGCUUCGAGUGUGAAACAUUCAUUUCGAAACGAAGGUUACUUCUUCGUUGAUUAGAGAUCAUUCGUUAUUAUUCGUUUGUAUUCAGUUAAAAUCGUGGAUAGUGAACGGUAGCAGUUAAUCUGAAUUUACAGUCUAAACUGGGAGAUGUCUCCUGGCUGGUAGCAAAUAAAUAUAUUUCUAGAACGAUUUACAUAGAAAGUUCUAAUUACUCGAACGACAAGAUAUUGUUGAUCGUUCGAAGAUCGAAAUUUGUGCAAACAAGGUGUCUCGUGGUCAAUAGCAAAUUUAUUUCAAGGGAAACGAAGUUCUUUCUUUGUUUACUAUAAGUAAUUAAUUACUAUCCUUUUUUUCCGAAGACUAUAGUUAGUGGGAAGUAGUUAAUCGAAACUUAUAGUGCAAAGUACAAGGUGUCCCGUGGCUAAUAGCGAAUGUACUGAACGGUCUUGGAAAAAUCUACACAGAAACAAGUUCUAGUUGUUCAAACGAGGAGGCUUUUAAAUUUCUUCUGUUGUUCGUUGGUGUUUGUGCGGUGUUAUAUUGUAGAGCAACAGUUUCGAUGACGUCUGAAACAGUGAUCACUAGUGCCGUAAAGUAUUUUCUCCUCGCGAUCGGGGCCCACCCGACCUCUUCGAAUAGAGCUCUCAUAUGCGCUCUUUGGACGGCCGGGUUCGGGUCCAUGUUGUUCGGUCAGAUUUGGUACGUUGUUUCCUUCUAUAAAUUGCAACCGUUACCUGAGCUAUUGGACUGUUUGUUUGUGAUAUUAGUCAACGCCAGCAUUUCCGUGAAGGUGAUCGUCAUUUGGUUGAAUUAUGGAAUGCUUACCAAAAUUCUUAAAAUUAUUCUCGACGACUGGAAUAAUCUCAGUCAAACUGAUCCGUAUAAGCAUUUGAUGGAGGAAAAGGUUGUUGUUUCCACGCGUGUAUCGAAUUACGUGAUGGCCGUUUAUUCGGUGGCUGAUGUUAUAUAUGCAGUGGUUGCCGUGUACAUGACUGGCGAUGAGGCAGAGUAUGACGGAUACCAGAGGAAAAUGAUGUUGAGAAUGAAGUUUCCCUUCGACGCUAUGGUUUCUCCAGUUUACGAAGUUGUUCUGCUCGCACAGCUUGCGCUCGAAUUCUUCAUGGUCAUGGGCGCUGGGAUAUCAAUGGCAUUUCUGGCAUCAUUAGUAUUACAUGUAGGUGGCCAAAUAGACGUAUUGUGCCAAGAAAUAUUGAGUGUUCCUAAUUAUAUCAAAGAAAAGAGAUUACCCAUACUUAAAAGUCUCAUCGUCAAACACCAGAAAAUCAUAUUUUUAUCUGAAAGUAUUAAACACCUCUUCCUUUACAUAUCAUUGGCGCAAUUCCUAACCAGUAUUAUACUAAUCUGUUUUCUAGGCUUUAUGAUUGUCACCUCUAUACGUACAGACAGGGGACUUUCGUUAAUGGCAAAAUACUUUCCUUCCUAUGUGACAGCAAUUUCUGAGGCGUUCGUUAUUUGUUAUACCGGUGAAUAUCUAAGUAGUAAGAGUGAAGAUAUUCAUCGAGCUAUGACGGAUAUGGAUUGGUACAAAUUGGACCAAUCGGAUAUUCACCUAAUACAUUUGAUAUUGUUGAGAACGGAAAAACUAUUAACGCUUACAGCCGGAAAAUUUGUUACUCUGUCCGUGGAAACGUUUGCCAAUAUAAUAAAAGCGUCCGCAUCCUACGUUUCACUAUUGUUAGCCGUAUACUAAUUUGGAAAAUUAUAAAUCGACGUUAUAAGCGGAUACGAUACAUGAAAUGAAGAAACCAUGACAAUAUAAUUACUGAAAAUAUGACGAUUCGAACGGACAUGAUGAUGGAAGUAGAAAUUAAGUAUAUGAUCAUUGUUCGACACGCGUUGUUUCAAUUCAAUGUAAAUGUUGUGAAUACACUUUGU